AUGGCAUCUGAGCAGGAGCUGCAGACGCCGAGGCUUCCGGACUUGCUGGAAACCGGCAGAGAACUUCUGGAGGAGGUAGAAGCCUCAACGCAACCCAUGGGCUCCAGGCUAAUCCAGGAUAAGGUAACGAGGGCCUUGGAACUCCUGGCGAAAGCCUCAGACAUGUUAUCGCAGCUCGAUAUGUUCAGCAGGAACGAAGAUUGGGAGGAGAUUGCUUCCGCUGACCUCAAGUACCUGAUGCUCCCGGCCCUGAAGGGUGCGCUCACACUGAAGCUGGUGGACACCAGACAUCGUGUCAACCACCUGCAGCAGGCUCGAGACCACUUCAUGAACUUCCUAACCCAGAGCCACAACUACCACUUGGCAGAUUUUCAACUGCCCUGGGGCCAGAGCAGCUCCCAGGAAAGCAACCAGCCCCCUUCAGCCGUCCUGGAGCUCAACCUCGUUGCCAUGGCAUCCCAGAGACAGGCCAAAAUCCAGAGGUACAAGCAGAAUAAGGCGGUGGAGCAGAAGCUGGCUGCCCUGAAGUCAGUAGUGGAGAGUGGUCAGGCUGAUGACGAGCGUGUGCGGGAAUAUUACCUCCUUCAGCUGCGCAGGUGGAUCAACAUCAGCUUAGAUGAGAUCGAGAGCAUCGACCAGGAGUUAGAGAUCCUGAGGGAAAGAGACUCCUCCAGUGAGGCAUCAGCUUCUCGUUUGCCUCCUCAGGAGAGACCUCCAAUAAAACCCUUUGUCCUCACUCGGAGCGUUGCCCAAGCACAAGUCUUUGGAGCUGGGUACCCAAGUCUGGCGACUAUGACGGUGAACGACUGGUAUGAGCAGCAGCAGAAAUGUGAGGUUUUACCGUCAUCAGAUAAGGAAGUCGAAAAGCAAGCACCACCACCUGAUUCCCACAGAGUGUCUCAGCAAGAAGAAGAGCCGGAGCUGGAGCAAAAGGAAGAAGAGGAAGAUGAGGAUGCACUCCACAGGAUGCAGCAGUGGGAUGACUGGAAGGACACCCAUCCUAGGGGCUAUGGCAACCGACAGAACAUGGGCUAACCUCCCCUCCAGUGGGAAAAGGAUGCUGGACC